AUGUUGGGGUUGAUAAUAGCCGUGAUACUGAUAGUAUUACCUUUAACAGUUUCAUUACAAGAUGAUCCAUGUAACAGCUACAGAAUGUUAUCCGAUGAUGGUGGACGAAGUAUUAAAUGUGACCUGUAUUAUUCCGACUCCCAUGAUAGAUUUAUAGAUGAAGGAUGGAGACGAGUUCAGCUAGAGUCAACAGGAGAAGAUCUUACUAUGCCUACUAUGUGUGUUCCUAGUGGAUUUUGUGGCUCUCACAGCAAUGUCUGGUUAGAUGGUAGCCAUCCUACAGUAGAAGAUGGUAUAGUUGAUAGAAUGGGAUGUUUAAGUAGCCAUCCUACAGUAGAAGAUGAUAUAGUUGAUAGAAUGGGAUGUUUAAGUAUGUCUUCAUCUUGUUGUAAAGUCAAGUAUCCGAUACAGAUUAAAAACUGUACGGACUAUAUGGUGUAUAAUUUAAAGAGAACGUCUGGUAGUGAUCAACGUUAUUGCUUCGGUGAUUCUAAUGAUUGCUACCUAACAACACGUCCAACUACUGAUUCUUCGAAUACCCAAGGCAAUCGAAGAAAUAGACAUGGUUUUGGCUCAGAUUAUCAAAAAGAUGACAUGAUAACGAUUCUUGGAGUGUGUUUAACCAUUGCAAUCGCCGCACUGUUUGUUCUUGCUUUCUGUAUAUUCUGCUAUUUUAGACAGAGAAAACUCCAAUAUGAACUUGAUACCAAACCAACCAAGGCGUGA